AUGAUUGUAACUGUCAAGCGAAAGGAGGACACGACCUCUACCCUCGUCGCUUGCGCACUAAACGCCGGUAAUCUCAAUGCCACCGUUGAACUAUGUAUCCAAGCCUGUCGAUGGGCUGACGCUCUGUCCCUUGCCCGAGGCAAGGGCCUUGUGAUGCGAACCCGAAUGGCAUAUUUCAACCAGGUCGGGGAUAGCGCGGGCAGGUGUUCUCUGGUUGGAGAGCUUGGAGAGCGGGUGUGGUCCAUCCCCAAGAUGGCCAAGGAGGAGAAGCGUGAGGCUGCUCGAGUAUGUUUCAUGGCUGGAAAGAAGCUCGACAAGCUGUUUCGGAUUUGGGAAGAAGAGGCGCGUGAGGAGGAGCAGGUGGGCGAGAGCCAAGGAGGAAAAUAUGGAAUUCGGGCGAAGGCCGCCCAAGGAUUCGUCGAAAAGGCGGUUGCGUUCUCGACUGCCGUUGGGUUCGUCGAUUUGGAUCUUUUGUAUUUGGCCAGCGAGGAUUACACUUGCCCGCUGGGCUUGGUCUCCGAGGCGGUGCUUUAUGUGGAACAAGUUCCAACUGGAUGUGGAGAUGUACAAUGGCUACAGGGUGCGUUCGAGAAGAAGGUUAAUGGAACGGCGAGUACUUCCAAGGGCACUUAUGGUGCCCCGCGACUGGUCCUUAUGGUGCCGUACCUUCCGGACCCUACGACAUUGCUGCCCCGGGACCCCAUGGCGGCGUUGGCGUCAACGUGGGGACCCUAUGCCGUACCACCCUCUUCAUCGGGACCUUAUGGUGCCCCUCCUACGACCACUGGUCCAUACUCGCCUCCUCCCUCCACAACUCCGUCAAGAAUCAAACCGGCAACAACCGCGUACGGGGCUCAAGCAGGAUACAACCUACCGGGUCCUCCAUUUGGGCAACAGCCCUGGUUCUGGGCCCCAAUGGUUCCGGUUCCUCCCUCGCCAGGGCUAAUGGUCCCUCCUCCACCUCCCACUAUUGAUCAGCCCUCUGGCCCGCCCCCUCCACGAAUCAUCACUGUUUCCCAACGGCAUGACAUUCCCGGCUGGAACGACGCUCCUAACGUUACCGUGCCUCAGAGACGUGCGCCUGCCCCUGCUGCGGGACCUGCAGCUGCAAUUAGGAGCCCAUUCCCCGAUUCCCCAAUUCCCCAAUUCCCCAAUUCCCCAAUUCCCCAGCGCCUGGCUUGCCGAUCACCUCUGGGCCACCAAGAGGAGUGGACCAGUCCACCCAGGGCCGGUGCGACUAUUCCUCCGCUCCCUCAUCCGCACAAUGGGGGCUAUGCGCCCCCUCCGCCGUCCAGUUUUGUACCACCCCCAGACCCCGGACAGUAUGCCCCUUGUCCAUCCCAAAACAGCGGCGCGUACGCACACCCGCCAUCACAAGGUGGGAGUGCAUACGCUCCUGCACCUCCACCUCCUGGCGUCAACCCCGGUGUGCCUCCCCCACCACCGAGUGGUGCAUAUGCUCCUCCUCCAGGCCAGUCCUAUCCACAUCCACCUCCCUCCGGCACGGAUUAG